AUGGAGGCGCUGCAACUACUGGAUUGCGCUUAUGUGAACGAUCGGUACGAGAAUUUGCAUAAACGGCGACAACGAUUAGACCAGAUACAUCAUUUUGUCAACGAAGUCACGGACCGCAGUUCCAACUCCAAGCAAUUGGACUAUGACCAGGGGAAACAAUGGAAAAAUGCGCAUCCUACAAUGGCACUGGACGCCAAACGGUCAACAUCAUACUUGGAAAAGAAGCUUUUGGUCUUACAAAACAUUCUUGACGAGUUAUAUGCAGAAGAAGAGGCGGAUUUGAACAUCACUAUGCCUUCUUCUAAGGAGACAUUCAAGCAACUCGAUACAAUGGAUGCAAACACUCCUAUGUCAUUUGAAGAACUUCCCGCGCCAACACAGAUAAUACUUAAAAUGUUUUUUCGAACUUGCCAGUCAAUGCGUGAUACCGCAAACAUCGCGAGCAACUGUCGACUCUUAGUGCUAAUUGCUACCAAAGUGCCAUUUAUUUUGAAGACGAUUCCCACAUGUGUACUCUCGCCCGGACUAAAAGAUGAGACUCAAUUAAACCAAAAAUAUGGUGACAAUAUUUGCAGUGUAUUUGACCAACUGAUGUGGCUAUUUGAAGAGCUUUUGAGGCCGAAAAGAUACGCUGAGGCUGCUGAAAACACAAAUUUAUCAGUCGAGGAUCUAGGACAUGUAAUGGUCGCGUACGUGGCUUUAAGUUUAAAAUUUGGACGACUCAGCUACUUACUGAAAGCGAUUAAGCUGCUUCUGGAAAAUGCGAAUGAGCUCACUGAAGCGCGAUUAGAACUUCUUCAUCCAUUAUUUAAGGAGCUUACAGAUGCUAAAAUUGAGCGGCCACUAGCUACUUUCUGUGAAGAUGAUCGGCCUUGCGGUUAUUUGAUGACUUUCGGUAAAGGAGAUCACGGAAAAUUGGGUCAUGGACAGUGUGUGCACGUCAGCUGCCAGGACGGAAAUUGCACUGAGAACAAAAUGGUUCCAACUUUGGUAGCAGCAACUAAGGACGUUCUCUUUAGCCGAGUUAGCUCGUUGUCGACGCACAGUAUCGCAAUCACUGCAGAAGGAGAAGCGAUGACGUGGGGUAAUGGCGACAAAUAUCGCCUGGGUCACGGAUCCUCAACAAAAGAAUACGCACCACGAACAAUCGAAUUUUUAAGUCAGAAAGGUAGAAUACGGGACGUUUCCUGUGGUCUUGGCCAUACCCUGGCUUUGAUGAAUUCGGGAAAUUUAUUCGCUUGGGGGAAUGGCUCGAAUGGGCGCUUGGGGCUUGGUGAUACUAAUGAUCGCUCGAAUCCGACGAGGGUCGAUAUUUCUAAUACUUUAAGAGACAUCGAGGGAAAAACGAACGUGAGUUCGCCAGUAACGUUCCGACACAUUUUCUGUGGUGCAUCGCACUCGCUGGGCAUUUCGUGGGAAGGACGAGCGUAUGCUUGGGGAAAAAAUAACCAAGGGCAAUGUGGUCAUGGUCAUACAAAAGACCAAUGGACAGUUCAUGAGAUCGCCAGCUUUCGAAACUGCGAAGGUGGAAUAAAUAACGAAUGUGUUACGUACGCUGCCGGUGGGUGGGAACACACCCUUUUUUGCACAGCUUCCGGUCGUGUAUACUCUUGUGGCUGCGGAUAUAAAGAUAGUCGUCGGGCUGGUGUUCCUCCCGUACUUGGGCAUAGUGACUGCGAUCGCAGACUUUUACCGACUCUAGUGCAGUCGCUCGAUGAUGCCCAAGAAGAGAUUGUAAAAGUUGCUUGUGGAUGGGACCAUUCCCUUGCUAUAGCGGCAAAUGGUAAAGUUUAUACAUGGGGGUCUGGCACAAACGGUAAGCUUGGACACGGUAGCGAAGAAAGCUUUGACGUACCCAUGCUAGUGCGUUGUUUGAUUGGCAAACAUGUCAAAGAUGCCAAAGCUGGAUGCGAACAUACCGUAUUUAUGACAAACGACCAUGAGGUAUGGACUUGUGGACAGGGUGAUAGUGGUCGACUCGGUCAUGGCGAUAAUCAAAUACGAAAUGUUCCGACAAAAAUUGAGCUUUUCGCUCAAUGUGAAGUCAACCCAAUAGCGUUAGCUGUCGGUGACAAAUACAACUUAGUCUUGGUCCAAAAACACGAUUUACACAGUGAGAAUAAUAAUACAAAGAGGGAUGUGGUUUCGAUUGGUGAGCCAUUACGACAAAGCUCAACCGAUCAUGCGCCAAGCUGUGAAGAUAGUGAGUUUUGUCAGGGACGAUGCUGGAUGGUUGACAUCAAGAAAGGCUACGCCUGUCGAAAUAUAGAUCUCGGAGCAACUUGGGUUUUGAAUUACGCUGAAAAGCUAAAUCGAAAUAAUAUAUCGCCAAAUACUGCAUCCGUCAACAAUUAUUCCGCCAUUAGGUGUGCUUUGCUCAUUGCUGGUCAUAUCGAUCGCCUUGCUACAUGCUAUAGUACGGACGAGCAAGACACCACCAAAAAGCCAAAGCACAUAAUGACGACAACCCCCGAAGUCGAGAAAUCUAAUUUAAUUCCUUAUGCUGUUGACACAAGCUACGAAACACUGGAAAUGCUUUUUCAUCUUCUUCAGUGGACUUGUCUGUCGGUAACUUCAGAAGGACAGCACACAUUUGGUAAUAAUUGCAAAAUGGAUGCGCCGUGUCUUACUCUACAAGAGCAAAUGAGUUUUGCUCUUUCAUGCUUGCGAGUUUUACGGCUGAAUCUCAAGAAAUUACACGAUUUGUUUUUUUUGUCUACUCAGAGAAAUGAAGAUACUCAUUUAAUAAGUAUGACAGAUGUGCUGGGUCGACUGUACGAGCUUCUCAACCAUUUAUCCAAUUUAAAAGGUGAAGAUUGUGUCCGUCACUUUGCCAACGGGUCAAUUCCUUCGGACGAUCCAGAAAUUUUAUAUGCUACGGGGGAUGCUAUAAGUCACCAUGCUGCAUGUGCGUUAAAGAUUGGGUUUGGUGUCUUCUAUCCGACAGCAGCCACUCGAAGGAGACUUUUGUGGAAGAUUCUAGACGAUUGUGAGAAAGAUGCAUGCACACCUUCUAUGGGAACAAUUAUCUUGGUGAACCAGCUUUGCACAGAUACAAACAUGGUAGACUUCUUCCGGUAUUUAUCAGCCCCUGAUCCGAAAAGCCUGUGUAAUGAGCAACUAAGUCAUGUCUCCAGUGAAAGGGCAAAGAAAUUGGAUAUUAAUGCCGUUAAAUCUGUCAUGGUCGUAUUGUUAAGGCGGUGUAGUGUAGAAGCGGUAAAACAACUCGACAACAUAACACGAACGGAGUUUUUGAAGGAAUCAGACUGCUUUUCAAGAUUACUUCAUGUGCUGCAGACGCAUUAUUUUAGCUUUGCUUACCGAUCAGCGAUGCAGACUAAGGAAAAACACACAUCAAGUGAACCAGGAAAGCUUCAAAGCAUGGAUAGCGAACAAGUGAUGCCCUCUCUUCUUGACUAUGUGGAUGCCCUAAUGGCAGAAUCAAUGACAGUGUUAAAGCAUCUUCACAAGGUUACUCGUCAACAUGAAGAUGCGAUCACAUGGCGAUUGAAUGGGAGUUUUUUUCACACAUUGUUGCCUAGCGCUGUUGAAAGUUUGUCGAUACUGCUUUCGGAGCAAAAAUACCAUGCAAAAACUGAUGUAUCACAACCUUCUAUUAAUUUGAAGCUAGUCGAGCGCAUUCUUCCGAAUCUUUGCGCGAUAUUGAAACUUGUGGAUGAAAUAAGCUGGAAAAGUUUUGAUAGAGGUGAUGAUAGUGAUCGAACGCACAUUGAAAACGCUGCACCUUCGAAGCAGUUCAUAUUUAUGGCUCAAAAACGCAACUGGUUCGUUGAUCUUGGAGAUGCAUGCGCACUUUUGUGUGGAAAAUUAAGCUGCGAGCUUUUCUAUCAGUGGAAAAUCAGUGACAUUGAGUCAGACGAUCGUCAUCAACAUGACGACUACUUAUCGCUUGUCAUAUCGGAAGGUCGAAUAUCACAGUUAUACCAAAAAGGAUUGCCCGCUACAAAGAAACAUUUCUCUAGCUCAAUUAGCAGUAUAUUGGAAGGGGAGCGGUUGGGCGGUUUCGAGGAGGAAGAUGAACGUCCUACUAGUGAGGAAGGCUCUGAUAGCACCGGUUCGUCAUUUUCAUCCGCUUAUGACGAUCAGCAAUUUUUGCUUCGAUUGUGCGAUACAUCUGUGUCGCUCUACAGUAAAUCAUUUUGGCCGUGGGCAGCAGGGAUGCUUUCGCUUGAUGGAGACUUUACCAAUGAAGCACAUCAAAUUUAUACGCUUGUUGUCAGCGUGUUGGCAUGGCACUUAGAAUUGAGCUCAGAGUUGCGUUCGAUUUACAAGCUUUAUGAUCUUGAAGCCAGAAAUGGGUCAAUUAGCGGCGCUAUGACGCCAAAAAGUAGAAUUUGGGACUUACUAUCAGUACUUCUUCGAGUUACAAAAUGGAGAUCGUGGGAUUUUAACUUUGUCGGCAUGGAGGCAGUUACUAACGCCGUUAGUGCAUCACAUUUUUUGAUAAAUUUACAGCCCAACUCAAUAUUCGUACCUCUAAUAUUUCAGUGUGGAGAACUCGAGAGCGAUGACUUAUCAUGGAAUAAAAGCGACGAUACUUUCUUGAAUCUGCUUAAGUUUCUGACAAGCUCACAUGAAAUGAGCAUCAUUCAACACUCACUGGAGGCGAAGGAUAAUGAUGAAGCUCUCCUUCGAGCUGGGGUAUGUUUACUGCAUGACCUCCUUAGGAAGCUGGCCACCUCUUCCGUAAAAAGCUAUCUGCUUGAUGAAUUUGUUGCUGACAUAUGUGGAAGCAAUCGAAUGAAAACUGGUUUAGGGAAUCCACAAUUAAGGAUAAGUUUGACUCGAGGAAAAGGCAAGGAUAUCGAUAAAGCUAUUGAGAGCUUUUUUGUGCAACUUGCUCGCAUAAUUUCUAGUGAUGACGCGUCUAUUGACUUAAAGAAAAAAGCUUUGUUGAUUUGGACAGUACCUAUGAAAGAUACAAAAUGCGACGUUGAAAGCGCGAUAGCAUUAAUAGCAAAGUCUGGAAUCAUGAUCACUCUAACUGACAAACUGCGAAAUGAGUCAAACUUGCCGGGAACACGUCGUGACGUUAAUGCAGUCAUUGAAUGUGCAAUGAAUGACCAUCAAAAUGAUGACUGGAAAAGAACCUUCCAAGUCGAGUCCAAGCUUACAACAAAGUUAAUGCCGAUUUGCGGUAUGCUUUUUCAUCAAACGCCUAUGCAGAUACUAAAUUCGUUAACCUGGGAAGCCUUUUAUGCCAUUGCGCUGCAAUUAAGCAAAUCGCAGCCAUUCGCUAAGCUUCAACCCAACUUAUUCUUGCAAUCAGCUAAAGCUAGCUUGCAUAACAAAGAACUAUUAACUCCGCUGAACACAUUGAUGUCUCCGCGUAGACGCUUAACGCUUCCAGAAAAGGUAGUCGUAUCUAGCACUGAUGACAUCAUUGCGCAAAUGAUGGAUGGUCUGUAUUCGAUGCUAGAGUCUACUAAAUUGCAUAUGGAUAAUUUGUGCAUCUUUACAAAUGAGUACGAAACAAUGACGACGGAGGUGGGGGUGAUUAGUGCAAUGUCAGAGCCCUGUGCUCGGCAAAAGCUUGAUCGCUCGUUAUUUAAUCUCCUUGGGUGCCCGCUGCAAAUUUCACAGUCAAGCUCGAGCAAAAUUUGUAUGCAAAGAGUCAUUGAUGGGAAGACUUCUGAAAAUAUAGCUCAUAAAAGUAUCACCGUGUCAUUUUGGGUGCAUGUUGAAGUCACCGGAGUGCUAGAAUCCCGAGAGAUUCCUAGUGCAAAUAGCACUUUGCUUUUGUCGCGCGAGUCCUCAUUGCGGCUACUUACGUUUUGUACGAGCGAUUUGGCGGAUCCUGAUACGGAUAGAUCUAUACUUGUGUUGAUUCGGCAGACUAAUCAUGAGCACGUGUCAAUGGUACUUUCAAUGAGAUGUGAUGGAGAUACAAAAGAUGACUGGCUUUCAAUUUCUAUCGAUGAGCCAAUUCCACGUGAAAAGUGGAGUCAAAUUGUUUUGAUCUUCGACAAAGAGAGCACAGAUCAUCUUCAGGUCUUCGUCGGUGCUAAACGCUCUACUCUCAAUAAUGGAGUCGCAGAAGAUCACGACUAUUUUAUCUUCUGCUUAAACGUUCUUCAUAAAGCAGAAUUAUGGGCCCAAAUAAUCGCAGGUGGCAACAUAGGCAAAAAUGAGUUUAGAUACGGAGUUGAUCCUGCCACGUUGUUCCGACAAUCACAAUUACCGAAAAGGUCGUCGCACGAACUCACUGCUAUUUUGGACGACAUUUUUAUAUCUUUUGAGACUUUUUCGGAGGAACGAAUAAUACGAAUGCAACACAAUGGUACCUUUCUCUUUCAUUUAAAACGGCAGCAAGAAACACAAAGUUACUGCGCCGCGGUGUUGAGUUUAUUGUGCAAGCUCAGUUGCACCAGCCCAUCUUCACCCGAGGAUACUUCUGCCCGGCAACCGUCCUCUGAUCAAUGGAUUACUCUUUUAAUUGAUAUGUUGGUGGGUUCGUGUAGCAAGCACGAGCUCCUACAGCUCUAUCUUUGCCAGCUUCUUGAAAAUAUACUACCGCGAACUCCUCCCCGUCCAGAAUUUAAUCUUCGAACGCUAAGCCAGAGACUUCUCGAGAUGUGUCAAUUUAAAAGCUGGAUUUUUGACGGGCUCUUUAUAACAUCAAAUGAGCAAGAAUUUCAGACAAUGACAUUACCACUUCGAAAGCAAAAUGAGACACUAUACCGAGCAAUGCGCCAACGCGGCAUGCUAACUUGUAGAGAAGAUAUUCUGUUUAGAAAUGACACACCAUUUUUCGAAACAGCGUUCAGUGCGCUAGCUCCAAAACCAAAGAUUUCAUUACUUUAUGCUGCUGCCAUUCACCUCUUUCAAAAUUUAUUCUACUCACCUAUGUAUGAGAAAAUCUGUGACGAAUACUUGAAAGAAAAUUCCAUUUCCUUCCAAAACAGUGGUGGAAUUUACUCCGUUGAAUCAAAAAACGAUGGUAUUCUCAGUUUUUCCACAGUGUCUGCUUUGACAAUCAUCAGCGCUGGGUAUUCGGAGGACGUUGUAAAUAAUUAUCGUGCGUGUGUACAGAAUACCGCAAUUCUGCCCCCCGUAACUCAAGCUUACGCAUCCCGUUUCGACUCUGUGCUUCACUUUGAUAAAUGCAGGAGCGAACAGCUCCAAAAUGUCCAAGUUAUUAUUGAUGUGAUACUUAGCGAAGACACACGAGAUCGAUUGCACCUUCCAGCCAGAAACGAUCUUUCACUUAAAUGUCACACUGAAUUAAACACUAUUGAUCACCGUGUUGGUGCUGUAAUCCAUCAUCGGGCUCGUGCAUUUCGUGUUCUGAUGACUGCUCUUAUUCGUGAGAAGAACACAGCUACAGCGACCACACUUUGGCACGAUUUCUUACUUGCCAACGUAUUAGGAAGUGAUCGUCUUCUUCAAGUUGCAUCUAUGAAUUUAAAGGAGCAUGUGAUAUCAAAUUUAGGUCCUGACGCAAAACUCGCUGUCAGACUUCGACGAAUGCGUUUGUUGUUAGAAAAUGUGCUUUUUAAAAGAAGUCAAGGUCAAAGUGCUCUUUCGGUCCCAUCACUCGGUGACUUGGAAAAGUUACAAUGGCGUCUUCGAGAGGAAUCGAAUAUUCAAGCUGCUUUAAAUGCGCGUCUACCAUGGUGGCAGCGAAAUUGCAAGGACGAUGAAAAACUUAGACUUGAGGUCGUUGCAGGUCAAGUUGAAAUUAUUGAUCUCAAAAUCAAAGCUUUUAAGCACUUUCCCACAGUGAAAUUAAAUCAAGUUAAUAUUUGUGCGAACAGCGGCUUAUGGUACUUUGAAGUUGCUGUCUUCACGAACGGGCUGAUGCAGAUAGGAUAUGUGACCGAAGAUUUCUCUGCUGACCAUCUUCAUGGACAAGGUGUAGGCGAUUCUACAAAUAGCUGGGCAUUUGAUGGAUUUCGGUGCAAGAAAUGGAAUGUGCAUUCUCACGAUUAUGGCAAAAAUUGGAAGGCGAACGAUGUGGUCGGAGUCUUGUUAGAUACAGGACGAAUGGAAUUGAGUUACUUUCUCAAUGGUGAGUUUUUGGAAGUCGCCUUUUCCAACAUCCCAAUCACUUGCACCUCACGACUAUUUCCUGCGGCCUCUUUAAGCGCUCAUCAAUCGAUCGAGUUUAAUUUUGGCUCACUACAAAGUGCGACUUCAUCUGAAAAGAAAACUCAGGUUGAGGCCUUUCAUGGCUUCAAGCACAUACCAGUCCUUAAUAACGACGAUCAGACACGUUUCAAACCAGUUUGUAUGGCACAUAAUAGACACAGAGUUGAUAAUUGCAAAAAUUUUGAGUGUCUAAAGGGUGAUGCAAAUGGCUCGUCAACGGUUUGGAAUAAUUACUACAGCGGCGAAAGGGAUACUGACGAAUGUGACAUCACACUGGAUAACCUUGAUGGAACUAGAAGAGAGCUACAUUUGAUCGAUAUGAAUCGUAUUGACGACAUUAGUUGGCAGCGACGUCGAGACUUUACAGGUCUUGGAUCUUCUGAUGAAUGGGCAAACCGAUGCGUUGUCGAAGCACACCUGCCCGAUAGUGAGAAUCGUGCUGCUGCGUGGAUUUUGGAACAAAUGGAAAAAGAGAAUGGUCGGACCGUAAGGUCUGAAUUUACCACCGAUGAUUUAAUAGUCGAUGCGAAGAUUGUGGGAGAUCUGAAAUUUGUAGAGAGGUUGGUUGGUAUGGAGAAUCCGCUCAGUCUUGUACACCCAAGCAAAGGUCUGACUGGUUUCAAAUACUAUACAAUUGAUGACGAGUUCGCUUCGGCAGCAACUAACCUACCCAUCGAAUCAAAUUUGAAUUACCAGCAAUGCGAUGAAACAGCCAGCGAUGCCUUUCAGACAUAUAUUUACAAGCAGCAAUUAAGCUGCCUGCAUGCCUUACACAAUUUAGAGACAGUAACACACACAAGAGAAGUCGACGACUUCCUUCCACUUAGUGUUGUGAUCGAUUCAGCGUUGUUUGUUGCAUAUGCUCGACAAGCCUUUACUUUACUAUUACUGUCAGCUCUAAUGGAAAAGUGCCGAUCAGCAGCUUAUAAAUUAAUGCAACAGCUGAUCUCACGUGAAGAUUCUGGUGCUCGUCUUUGCCGUUUUCUAAGAAUUAUAGUUGGUCUCGAUACACUGGAUGUAGGUGUUGAGCUGGAUAAUGGUUUCAAAAGCGUUCGAUCAGAGCAACCUGUACAGCUUCAAACUGCCAUUGUGGCUCUUCUAAAUCAUGAACUGUGGACUUUGUCAGGAACUCACAAUCAGACAGGUAAUGCAUCUAAUCGUUCUCCACUUUUGCGACUUCUUUGCCGAGAAAUUCUGAACCAAUGUGAUCACGUUUUAAGCUCAGUACAUAGCGGAAAAAACGGGACCGGAAUCGGGGUUACUCAAUCAGACGCUUUGUGGUUUGCCUGGGUAUCUGAUGUGGUGAUUGGAUUUGCGGAGGAUGUUGACUUAAUGACGGAUUCUUUGCCUGGAGGGAAUGUAGCGCCUCAAUCUAUAGACAAUGUUGUACCUCUAUUAUUCUGUCAAGCCUUUGUCGACAAACUUGUGGCUAUCGCCUCUAACCAGUUGACUUUAAUGAAGGCGUGGAAAUACGUUGCGUUUCGCUUAAUAACAAGAAUUUCGUUUUCGGUCAGGAAAUUUGAUCCUUCAUUAACAUUUCUUUCAUCCGACCAGUUGGUAGAUCUUCUGAAAUUAUUUACGCUGCGAAAGCGUCGUGAAAUGCGCAGCAGGGUGUUUUGCUCGGAUAUUACGAGUGCGCUGUUUGCUCUACUGGUGCACCUAUCUACUUUGAUGCCGGUUCAAGAUCGGCGUCCACAACUUGAAGAUCGAUUUUCAGGCAUUUAUGUGAACAAAUACUCGUCAACAGAGGUGACAAUAUCAUGGAAUUCAGAUUUUUCGUCAAAUCUGGCCACAAUAAUAAAUGACGCACUAAUCCCUGAUGAUGAAUCUAAAGAUCCCUAUGUAUUUCGAUUAUUUCGAGGCUCGGAGUGUAUUGAAACUGAAGACUCUAUUAUUCUGUCGAGAGAAAUUUUAUCUAGUGGAAAUGUUGCGAUCCAGAAUUUGCUGCCGGAUACGCAGUACUAUAUUCGAAUUGAUCUUGCUCGAGCUGCAACUGGCUGUCGUGACCUUAACGAUCAGCCUAAUAAUGAUACUGGUGUGCUGCAAAGAGCAGAUAUAAUGGUGAAAACACCACCGGAACCGAUGUUUGAGCUCGAUCAAACGACUUCGGGGAAAAAUUUGCUGUUCAUCAAUCGAAAUUUAACAGCAAUCAACACAUGCAGCAAGAAGUGGCAUUCUGUGCGUGCUUCUAUUGGAUUUGAGAGAGGCACCCAUUCGUGGCAAGUGCGACUGGAUAAAUGCGUCUCGAAAAAUAUAUUUGUCGGAGUUUGUACCAUGGACGCUAGCAUGGAGAAUUAUGUUGGUAGUGACGCGUAUGGCUAUGGCUUCCUUGCAAACAAGGCAAUUUGGCACAACAAGGCCAAAUUGCAAUCGUACGGUGACAUUUUCAAGCAAGGAGAUAUCAUACAAGUCACGCUGAAUUGCGAUGCUAACACGCUCGCUUUUAAACGCAAUGAUCAGUGUCUUGGAAUUGCGGUCUCAAAUAUGCGUAGAGGAACAAAUGGAUCAGAUAGUAAUGGCAAUUGCAAAUGGUAUCCAGCAAUUUCAAUGUAUAACAAAGAUGAUAAGGUCACACUGAUCCCACCACCAGUCACAUCGGUGCUCAACGUGAGUAACGAUCUUUCUCAGAAUUUGUCAACGCUCGAGUUGGUUGAAAAAAUGCGUGACGUGUUGGCAUAUUUAUCUCACGUUAAUUCAAAUUCAUCUUCUUUGUCUAUAAAACUUUUUGAAAAAGCCUUUGAAGAGUUUGACAGUUGGAGACGGGACAAAAUUCUUUACCGUGAGAUUUUGCUUGGACAGGUAAUCGCAAUCGAUAAGAGCAAGUCCGCUACAUUUAAAUACGGACUAGCGUCUGGCGACACGGUGUUAACAUCAAAGGGACAGUAUACCGUUCUUGGAGAGUAUCGUCAUGAAUUGUGGUACGAAAUGGAAACCGAAGCAAACGCAUUUCAAUUUGGCGUCGUGUCUUGUCCUCAGCUUGCUUCCUGGAGCUUAAGUGCCUGUCGCAAUAUGUUAGAUUCACCAGAUAUUUUUUCUAUUCACCGCAAAAUUGAGCACAAGAUUGAUUUAUGUGACACAAACUCUGUCUCUAAUGAGAACGAUGUACCUGCAGGAGUAAGCGGUUCGCAAUAUGCAGUUUCUUUACAGUACUUCAUUGACGCCCAAAUCCAGUGGGACAAGAAUAAGUUAAAUGCUACAGAGGCUGACUCAAAAUUGAUCGCUGAUCUUGACGCAAUCAAGAAUUCCAAAGGUACACUCUCGCUGUCAUUUCAUGAUAUCGCAACGUCUCACGCUAUGAAGAAAAAGUAUGGGAAUUCAGAAGACUACCUGUUUAUUCAGACAAUCGCUCGCACUGGAUUACUGUUGUACGUGAAUCGAUGCCUGUAUAACAUUGUACGCCUCGCAAUUCCGAAAAACAUAUUUGCUACUUCGCUAGGGGUGUCCGAGACUUCGAAGACCACUGUGAACCGACCCAGUUCGGUUGCAAACGCCAACACAUCAAACAUAACCGAGUAUCAGCAAGUAUCACCUGUCGCAGCUCUGAUGAACUCGCCACAUUGGACAUUAGACGAUCCAUCAUCUUUCACUCGAAAUUUUCAUCAGGCAACAAUCCUUCUCUUCUCAUCCCAGAAAGACAACCUUAUAAAUGAAGAGCUACUCAGAACCGAAACUGUGAGUCAAGUGCAGGAAGGUAGUGCAGCCGCAGAUUCCGGUAAGAUUUUAAACAUCCCAAUCAUCACGAUUAAGAACCCCACCUCCGAAACGCUGCCCUUUUGGGAGUGUAACUCUGUGCUGCUAAUGAAAAAACACCACACAAGUCUGCACUUGUCCACUAAAUCAUCAGUCUUCUUGCAAUUGACAAAGCAACUGGCCGCACAAGAUGCUUGGCAGUGGAGACGCACAUCGUCGUUGUCAUUCGAAGCAAUCCCAAUAUUUUAUGCGUUCCAGGUUCAUGUAACGCAACAUUCGAACGGGCCUUGCGCAGAAAAUGGGCAGCAUGAUGAUUCUAAAAUAAAUGAUCUGAAGGAGCAAAAUGAAAACGACGGCGAACAGCAUCGGCUCCCCUCAAAGCAGACUGUCGACUAUUUGAAAUUGCUUGAAACUGCUGUUCGAGAGAUCCAAUCGCCCCGAUUCCCACUUUUUGGCCCUGUACCGGGCUCAAUGUCGCUUCGACUUGAUGUUAAUAUUGACUUAUUUUCCCCGUAUGCGCUGGCGAAGAAUAAAAUUGAACGCUCACAAUUAUUACUUUGGUAUUUCUGCUUCGGCCAAAUUCUCGGAAUUGCAUGGAGAAGCAAAGUUCACUUACCAUUACAGUUUCUCUCCACUACUUUUUGGGUUGAGCUUGUGACCCCUGUCGAUUCUCCUACGUGUUCACCUUCUCAGAUUCAAAGUGUGUCGAUGCGUGCUAUCCGCGAUGGCCUAUAUUCCAUUAUUCCAAGUCAAUGCAUUGCGCUCUUAAGCGGAGACAAUUCUAGUCUGAGAUACUAUCUUUCAGACUUGGAUGUAAAUUACUGCAUUCAAUUGGAGCGCCACACUACUUAUUGUGUACCUCGUCAAAGCCAUCACAACUUAUUUUGGAAAGUUGUUAAAGCCUUCACGUCAGUAGAGCGCCGCAUGCUGAAGCAGUUUUUGAAUCUAGAGCGACAAAGAGACGCCCAGCAAACCAACCAAACCUCAGACUCAGACCGUUUCUCCACCUUUGUACUUGAAAUUGCAGACGCUUUGGCCGACGGUCAGAAUGAUCCGGACUCGUGCUAUCCUGUUGUUGUAUCAAUUCAUCCGCAAUCGACUCGUUUGCAUCUACCAGCGUACUCCUCCGCACAAAUAUUGCACCACAAAUUAUUACUUGCUAUGACUAGCACCGCGAUCAUGUAG